AUGGCGAACAGCACUCCACAAUUGAAGAGGAAGAGGGAAGGCGCUGAGGCGCAACGGAAGAAGGCAAAGACGCAAAAGAAGAUUGAGGCAGGCGCGGGACAGGAUGUGGAAGUCGCUGCUACACCGGUAGCCAAAUCAACACAGAAGCCUAAGCAGACACCCAAGUCAACUCCCAAAUCAAAGGAUGCGCCCAACGCGACACCGAAGCCCGCCAAAUCAAACGCUGCGAAUGACGAUGCUUCAUCCAGGACGAAAGCGAAGAAGCAAAAGACCAAGGGUUCGGCGAACUGGAACGUCUCCUCCGCACAAGGCGGCUGGUUCUUGCCUCGUGAUCCUGUUUUCUCGGCCGACGAGAAGUUCAUCAUUCUGGCUACACAGAAAGCGCUUGAGAUUUACGUGGCCGAGACGUCACUUCUGGCAUACAAGCUCCCCGUGAGUGGCUCUGGAGAGGUCACCGCAUACGCUGUGUCUGCCACCGAUUCGAACAGAGUCUACGUCGCCGAGUCCACUGGACUGAUCACGUUGUGGGACUGGGUAUCGAGACAGAAACUCGGACGCUGGGACAUUGGCGCAACUGUUCGCAACAUGACAGUCAUCACACACGCCGACGAGGACCUCGUCUACUGCCACGAGCCGGGCAAGAGCCAUAUCGUCAAUGUACACGCCCUUCGUACGGGAGCUCAAGCAUCAACCACCGAACUCAAGCCCAUCCUGAAGACAAGUUCGUCUAUCCUGGACGUACAGGUGUUGCUGCAAGGCAAAUUCGUUGUCGUCGCAUGCAACGACUCGCUGAUGGUGGGCAAGCGCCAGAAGCAGAGCAAGACAGCUGUACAGGACUUUGAGUACGUUUGGCGCGAGCUCAAAUUUGCUCAGCGCAUCACGACCUUCAACGCCUAUGUUCGCGACCCGACCGAAGUAGCAGGGAAGGCCGUGAAAUCUGCCCAAGACCAAAGAGACGUCAUUGACAUUGCGAUCGGCGACGAUUCUGGUGUGAUACUUCUGUUUGAAGAUGUCUUGUCAAGUUUUGCGGCUAUAGAGAGCAGCCAGAAGGGAGGAAAGACCAACGCCGAGACUCUAAGGCCAAAAAAGCUACAUUGGCACAGAGAUGCGGUUGGGUCAGUUAAAUGGUCUCUGGACGGCAACUAUCUCAUCUCCGGAGGCGACGAGACCGUCAUCACAAUCUGGCAGCUUGCAACUGGAAAACCACAGCACUUGCCCCAUCUUACAGCAGCGAUUGAGAGUAUUGUAGUCUCUCCCUCAGGCUCUUCCUAUGGCGUAACGCUAGCAAACAACUCUGUCAUCGUACUCUCAACUACCGAGCUUGAGGCCAAGACCAACAUCGUUGGCAUUCAGUCACGCCGAAUCGAGAUUGAGCAACUGCCAAAGAAUGCGGAUGCAGAAUCACCACCUGCCUCUUAUGAGAUAUUUCAGCCGGUGCCCUUGGUCAUCAACCCGAUGAACCCAGCAGAGGCGAUGUUUUCAGUGCCUUCGUCACAGCCGCGUCACCGAAGUGAGGGGCUCCGUCCUGAGCCUUACUUGCAGACGUACGAUCUGGCGAAUCAGCACACCAUCUCGAAGCAAGCUCUGACGCGAAACAACGCAACCGAUCCAAACCUGACACCAGAAGGCCGACGGAUCCUCGAACCCACUGUUACCCUAGUACAAGUCAGUCACGAUGGUGAGUGGCUUGCUACAGUGGACGAAUGGACACCACCACGAGCCGACACUUCCUACCUCGACGAAGGUAUUCCUGAAUUCAGGGAAGAGGAGCGCAUCCAACGCCGUGAGGUAUACUUAAAGAUCUGGCGACGAGAUGUACAAAGCGGGCAAUGGAAGCUGGAGACUCGAUUGGACGCGCCGCACUUCUUUCAAGACAUUUCUGCGAACGGUAAGGUCUUCGACCUGGUCACUGAUCCCACCGCGCCGGGGUUCGCUACUGUUGGAGAGGACCAUUUUGUGCGAGUAUGGCGACCAAAGACCAGGCUGAGAGAUGGUUUGACUGUACGUGGAGCGGAGAAGCAAGGUCUUGUCACUUGGUCGCUUGAUUGCUCAGUCGAGAUCAGCGACAAGCUCGAUGUCCUCGACGCUGGUGCAAGUUCUCAGCAGACCCUUCCACUUCGUAAUUCGCGCUUGGCAUUCUCCGCGGAUGGGUCGGUCAUCGCCGCCGCUAUUUCAUGGGCCUCAGAUGAAGACCCUGGAGUUGUCCACCUUAUCGACACGAACACUACCGCCAUUCAACGAUCUCUGACCGAGGUCGAUGUUGUUGCACUCAGCGGCCUUGCAAUCCUUGAUCGUCACCUGAUUGUCGUUGGCGACUCGAUCACAGUCUGGGACAUGGUCCGGGAUCAGCUGGUGUAUUGCGUGCCUAUCAACACUCCUGGAAUCGACCGUUUCGACCGCAUUCCGCUCGUCAAGCUUGCUAUCAACGAGGUUGACAGCACUUUUGCUGUGUCACUACCGCGUUUUGAAAACAGCAACGCACGCUUCCAGAGGGCUUCGUCCACCACGCAGGUCUUUAAGCCUCAGCAGCUGGGGCCUCUAUGGUCGACCAAGAAUUCUACAAUCAACCUAGCUCUGGCGUCCCGUCACAGCGAGAGGGGCUACGUGACCCUUGACUCAGCUGCGAACAUUCGUGUGAUCAGCCCCACCAGUAGCACGGCACAGCUGCCAACGCCCCCUCCUGAAGAGGUCCCGCAGUACAUCUCGUACGGCCAAGCAGAAGAGGCCAUGGACCUCGAAGACGAGGACGGCCUGGCUUUGUCAGCUAUUGAUGAUAUUCUGAACACCGAAGAGAGUGAUGCGGUCGUCGUUAAGCCCGAACAGUUGCAGCAACUGUUCGAAGAGAGCGGCCAGAGCCAUGCCACAGGCUCGCUGAGCGCAUUACUCAGUGCAGUCAUAGCGUUACAUCAAAAACCGACGUCUCUACCGUUAAGAUAG